CUUGAGCAAUUCAACUUUGCGCAAGCGAAGCGGCGCGCCUUCGGCGUGCCGGCCGAGGGCUGUUAGACCGGAGCAGUCGAGUGCCAGCCAGCAACAUGAGCGUCCUGCAGGGGCUGUGGGAAUGGCAGCACCUCCACUUCGUCGAGAGAGUCGGUGAGUCGGCAGGUCGACACAGUCCACGGGUGCCACAAGUCUAAAAAGCCCGCACGGCUGCAUCUGGUGCAGCAUAACCAGAGGAAAAUACGGAGUCGAUGGGCCAGCGAGCACUGUUCCGCAUGCAUAAGGUGCCCCCACGAACGGGAGCCAUGGACCAUGAGCCAUGACUCCCGGGCCAUCUUUCCUCAAACUGCAGUUUGCCCACAUGCCCAAAUUCACGCAGUUUUUAGCGCAAAUAUCUAAAGUAAAUUAGCCAACUGCAACUGUGAGAUACGGCUCUGAGAGAAGGGCCCUAAGUCCCACGGAGAGCCAUGAGCUAUGUGCCAUACGGUGACCAGAGACCAUCGCAUAGGGGCCGAACUCGCAAUUUAAUAUUCGAUUAUUGUUACAUAAAAGUGCGUUAAGAUUCUAGCAAAAAUGGUCCGUCGCUGAUGGCCCAUGGCUCAUGACUUCCGUUCAUUUGUGGGGGCACCUGUACGCGUGGAUGCGAUGCCCACCCUACUCCCAAGGGGCCAUAAUAAGGCGCCGUGGGGAGAGACAAUGGGAAGCCUGUGAAAAAGAGUUGUAGGUUUUACGGUAAAAUUUCCACGAUGCGUGUCGUAAAAUUACAAUUCAAAAUUCUAAAAUUACAAGAACGCACGUAUUGACAUAGAAUUCGUCAACGAGCAGAACUGGGCUGUCAUCAAUUUACAACAUAUUUUGUAAAUAUUAAAUGAUAGUAACCGCCCCUCUCUCACACAUACUCUCUAUAUUUCUCUCUCUCUCUUUCUGUUCAGAUCCUCGCAUUGCCAUUUAUCCGCUUUUCGGCCCCUCGUUCGGCCUCGGGCCGCCAUGGGGCCUUUUCGGGGUUGUUGCCCUGUACGUAUAUUGUGUUAAGUUUCUGGGUCCGCGACUCAUGAAGGACAGGCAGCCCUUCGAGCUGCGAAAAGUUAUGAUCGUCUACAACGCCAUGCAGGUCUUGUUGUCCGGGUACACCUUUUAUGAGUCUUGGGUUGCAGGUUGGGGCGGUCGAUAUAAUUGGUUUUGCCAGCCUCUAGGCCCGAGUGACUACACACCAAUGGACAUUCGAGCGGCUCGCUGCUCGUACUUGUACUUCUUCAGUAAAAUAAUUGAUUUGGCGGACACGUUUUUCAUCGUCAUGCGAAAGAACUACAAGCAACUCUCCUUCCUUCACGUAUACCAUCACGCAGUUAUGGUCCUCGGCGUGUGGUAUGGUAUCGCCUAUUCACCAGGUGGUCAUGUGACAUUUGUUGGCUUUCUUAACACGUUCGUGCACACCGUGAUGUAUGGGUAUUACCUGGCAACGCUCCUCUUCGACAUGCGACGCUUUAUUUUCCUCAAAAAGUGGAUUACAAGAAUGCAGCUUUUCCAAUUUUUCUGCGUAUUCAUCCACUCGGCGCAGGUGUUCCUCCAGCCAUCCUGCCCCGUGUCAAGAAGCAACAUGGUGUUCCUCAUGAUCCAGAGCCUCAUCAUGACCGGCCUGUUCUCUAAUUACUACUUCCACGCGUACAUUAAAAAGAAGGAAGCUUAGUGUACGAAAACCUCUGGAAAUUACACCUAAUCCACGGGAUAAAUUGUUAAGCCCCCUAGACAGCACACAUUCUCUUGCUGGAUUCCGAUAGUCAAUCUUCGGGGCCAUCACACGACAAAUCAAAUCAUUAAUCCUCGGAGGAUUUUUCACGCCCUUGCAGUGUUUGUUGUUAUCCUGGCAGUAAAGGCAGUAAAGUCGUCUUGCCUACUCGCAGUUGCAGGCGCAGAAAGUAUGUCCAUCUCUCGCCGUUAAGAACCUGCCACAUUCGUUCUCUGCAAGCGCCCAUACUCUGCAAACCUAGGUGUGAGAGACUCACGCCUUUUGGUGUGAGGCACUUUUGUCCUACACCUUUUGGUGUGAGAUACGUGUGUACUGCAUCUUUUGGUGUGAGGUACACGCGCCAAAAAAUUGUCGUUGUUCCAACGACAUGUGUCACUGGACCAACAACAUUUUGUCUUUGUAAUGGUGUAUUUCGACUAACGGAGGAAGAAGAAUGGCGGGUAAAACAUGAAGGUUGCUGAUUGGCCUAGCGCCUACCACCACUACUGGCGUGACGCAGAGGCGGGAAGCUUUUGACCAAUCGGUAACGUUUAUGUUAGAUCGGCUAUUCUUCUUCCUCCGUUAGACGAAAUACACUAUAAUGGCUUCAGGAACAUAGGAUGCUAUUCCAACGACCACGAUAUAUGCUGGCUCAACGACAUAGCCGGUGGCACAGCCACCGGCUCUCAUAGGGCUAGCAACAUCGUGUCUUUGGACCAACAACCCGCACACAAGAACACGACGGUCGCUGGAACAAUGAUUUUUUUCCGUGCAGUGCGUCUGACGCCUUCAGACGAACUAUACCUCAUACCAAAUGGUGUUGUACAAAAGUGUACAACACCAAAAGGUGUGGGAGUGUCUCACACCUAGGUUUCCCAGAGAGCGCCUUGUGGGUAGGCAACACCUUGCCUACAAUGCAUGCGUGUACUGCGAGGUGGCCUACCCUAAGUCUCGCAGGCGCCGAGCUCCCGUUAUUCGCCGAAUGAAUCAGAGAAAUACGGACUCUCUGGACAAUACCACCUCCAUAUGGAUGGAAAAUACCUUGACUUGCUUAUUAACGCGAACAUAGAUGUCCGCCUGGUGCCCUGAUAAAUAAGGUGUACAACUGGUAUGCACAAUGCAAGUGCAUAACGGUACGUUGCACAAAUUUAAUGUUCGACUGGAUGUUUGAAUACUAAAAAGUGUUUAACAGUAAACUUGAACACUUCAGGGAUAGACUCUUUAAAAAGUUUAAUUUUACUGUUUAGCACUUUUAAGAAUCCAAAUAUCCCGUCUAACACCUAAGAGUCUAAGAGUGUGACCAUAGAGUUGAACACUACCAUGUGCAUGCGAACUUGCCAGUUGUACACUUUUUUUCAGUGGGAGGAGGCUGGAGGCGAAUUGGAAAAGAAGGGGGCUACAAGUAGGUCUAGAUCCAAGUCGAGAUUACUAAUUUUGGACUAACUGGACAGACAAAAUUUGUUAGACAGGGGGUGAAAAGUGAAGUCUUUCUUCCUGGGUGCUGAAAUGAUUGUUUACAAUAUUGAUCUCACGACUGACUCAAACCUGUUGGGCUUGCUACCUGCAGUCAAUAAAAGCUGUUUCUUAUAUAAA